AUGGAAUUAAAGGGUACUAGUUCUUGUCAGACACCACUUAUAAUUAAUUCAAAAAUUAUAACAAGUAGUAAUAUCGAUAAAUCAGAUAAUUGGUGUCCGUCAAUAACUGAUGUUAAACCUUAUUUACAUGUAACUUUAUCAAAUUUAACUUAUAUAACAUCUAUAGAAAUCAAAUCGAAAAUUCCUUUGGAUAUCAAUUAUCAUCUUGAAUAUACACGUGAGAAUAGUAUUGAUCAAUAUACUAUAUGGCGUUCAUAUCGUUUAUUAAAUAAUAAAAAAGAAAAAAUCUUUCUUGAUCCACCUAUGAUUGCUAAACAUGUUCGAUUAAAUAUUAAACAAAUGAAAAAAUUAUCAUGUAUUCAAUUUGAAUUAUUCGGAUGUAUUUUUACAGAUGGUGUCGUAUCAUACGGUAUGUUACAGGGUACAAAUCAACUUGAAGAUGAUACAUAUGACGGACAAUAUGAUGAGAAACAACGUUAUUUAUAUGAUGGUCUUGGACAAUUAUCUGAUGGACAAACAGCACCUGAUAAUCGUGAAGAUGCACGUGGAUUUCAAUGGGUUGGUUGGCGUAAACCUCGUUCAAUAAAACAUAAUCAUUCCAUAACACUCUCAUUUAAUUUUGAUGCAUUACGAAAUUUUUCUCGUAUGACUAUUCAUGCAAAUAAUUAUUAUCCAAAAAAUAUUUUUGCUUUUCGUUCUGUUACUAUUGAAUUUGUUGGUAAUAAUAAUAAUGAACGAGUAAAAAAUUCAACAUUUAUUACAUAUCAUAAUCAACAUGAUGAUCAAUUUGAAAUGGCAAGAGCAAUAAUGAUUGAUUUAAAAUAUCAUAUUGCUUCACAAUUAAAAAUUCGUUUAUAUUUUGAUGGAAAUUGGAUAUUAAUUAGUGAAAUUACAUUUGAUUCAUUUAUUGUACCAUUAUCAAUAUCAACAACAACAACAACAACAGCCAGAACAACAAUAACACCAAAAUCUAUUAUUCAAGAACAAUCACAAAAGGAAACAUAUAAUUUUUGGAUUUAUGUUAUUGUAUGUUUUGCAACAAUGGCUAUUAUAUUAAUGUUAGGAGCAAUUAUUAUACUUAUUCAACGAACAUUAAAUGACCAUAAAAAGAUCAAAAAACAUUAUUUUACGCCAAUACAUAAUCAUACAAAUUCAUCAGCAUCAACAGCAUCAAGUGAUAUUGAUUUUAAUUCAACACAACAUCGUUAUGCAACAAUAGGACCAACUCAUCCAUAUUUACUUUGUACAAAUGGUAGUAUAACUUCUUCGGCAUCACCACAUUAUGCUAAAUUAAUGCCAACAACAACUUUAUUACGUACACCAUCAUUAAUUCAACAGAAUCAUAUUGAAGGUGUUUGUGGUAAUAGUGCCUAUUCUACACAAAGAUUAUUUACAUUUGAUAUGAAUCAAAAUCAAUUUAUACCAAUGCAUCAGAUUAAUAUUAAACGAAGAUUAGAAUCUCGAAAACAAAUUGUCGGAGGUGGAGAGAUUUGUCAAGGUGAAUUUCAAGUAAAUCAAUCAUUAGUACCAAUAACAAUUCGACGUCUUAUCCCAAGUGCAUCUAUUCAAUCAAAAAUCUCAUUUUUCAAUGAAAUUAGUCUUUUAACAUCACUUUGUCAUCCAAAUAUUAUUCAUGCAUAUGGUUUUUGUUCGGAACCAACAAUGUCUCUUAUAACUGAAUCAUUAGAUUCAUCAAGUAUUGAUCUUUAUCAAUAUCUUCAACAUUAUAAACAAGAACAACAAAUGAAUGAUACACUAUAUGCAACAGCAGUUUUCUUUGGUUCACAAAUUUCUUCAGCAUUAUCUUAUUUAGAAUCAUUACAUAUUUAUCAUCGUGAUAUAGCUGCAAGAAAUUGUUUAGUUACACUUGAUUUAACAAUAAAAUUACAUGAUUUAGCUAUGUGUAAUGAGAUAUAUACAGAUGAUUAUGUAUUAAUAUCAAUUAAUGAUGAUAUUCAAACACGUCGACCUAUUCGAUGGUGUGCAUGGGAAACAAUUUGUUCGAAUCAUUUUACAUCAAAAUCAGAUGUUUUUUCAUUUGGUGUACUUCUUUGGGAAAUUUUAACAAUGGCCGAACGACCACAUAGUCUAUUAGAUGAUGAUCAAGUUCUUUAUAAUUUACGUAAUUCAAAUCAUUGUUUAUCGAUACCAUCAACAGGAUUAGAUUUAAUUGAUUUAAUAUCAUCAUGUUGGCAUAAAUGUGAUUAUGAUCGACCCUCAUUUUAUCAACUAAAUCAUUUAUUAUGUCAAAAACAACAACAAUUAAUAACAGCAAAUUCAGAUCCUUAUUUACAAACAAAUUAA